AUGGCUAGCUCCGCAACCCAACCUAUUCCCGACUGCACGACAGAGAGACUCGAAGGUGGAACCAUUCAAGCUAUGUUAGCACCCUGGAUGAUGAAAUACCUCGAUUCCGAUCCCGGCCUUAAAUCCUCCGUUGGCAAAACUGAGGGAUGGCUAGAUUGCACCGAUGCAUUUGUUAUCAGCCAGCACAUAGCAUUGAAAGUAACUGCCACCCAUGGUUGUUCAGCUAUUAAUAAAGAGAGAGAAGCGGACCUGAAUCAUCUAAGGGAUUUGGUCCAGAGAAAGUGUGAGGAAGCACGAGCUCGAAACGACCCCGAAUAUUAUGCUCUGAAGGUUCUCUCAUCAAGCUAUCGCAAAAUCAGCUUGGCAUUUGGGGACGAAUACUUCACGGGCACUAUCACGAAUUGGUCUCUCCCUGUCAAACUCGACGCCCGACCCAUACAAUGUACUUUCAUCGGCCCUGGAGGUAGUCGUAUACUGGCACUCAACGACAGUAGCGUCGAGGCCGGCGUUCUUGAAAGGAGCAUUGCAGUGCCGAGAGACCAAUAUAGGGAAGGAUUCUGGUGA